CCAAGUUCCGCUCUGAAAUGAGGUUCACAUCACUAACGUACAGCGCUGACCUGGCCAACCCAACAUCAGCUGUGUACAUCUCUACUCAACGUACUGUUGUCAUUACGAUCACAAAGGUGUUUAAGCAGAGCACGGUGAGAACGUCGUUUGUAGGAGUGACAGUUCUGGGGUUCAGUCCGGGCAGCGUAAAGGCUGACGUGUCGCUUGACGUGGCCAGCGACGCUAACCUCACCCCCAGCGACAUGUCAGGAGCCUUUCAAAACGGUUCCGCAGCGCUCAACGACUCAUCACUGGGCAUAGACACAACUGCACUGGCUAUUACUGAUUACAACGAGUGUGCUAAUGCGACAGACAACGACUGUUCUCCGUAUGCAAAUUGUCAGAACACAGUUGGAGGGUUCAACUGCAGCUGUCCUGACGGCUUCUUGGACAACUCUACUGACAGCACCCGACCUGGGAGAACCUGUGUUAACAUAUCGAGGCCAUCGUCAGCACCACCCACAACUGCAUUUUCAGUGCCUCCAACAGCAAGUAUGACGACCACCCACUGCCACUGUACCACCCACUGUACCACCUACUGUACCACCCACUGUACCACCUACUGUACCACCCACUGUACCACCUACUGUAGCUCCGACUGUACGUGGGCCCUCCACUGCUGGCACUGUGCAGCCUUCUGUAGCAGGGACAGCAAGAGCCACUGCAGCACCACCAUCCCUGUCUGUCAGGCCAGGGGUGCAACCUACAGCUGCACCUACUGUAGCACCAACUGUGGCACCUACUGCACCUGGAGUACAACCAACAGCAAGUGUGCAACCCACUGUUCCAGUAGUACAACCAACUGCAACUGGAGCACAACCAACUGCAAGUGUGCAACCAACUGCCCCUGGAAGUGUGCAACCCACUGCUCCAGUUGUACAGCCGACUGCAAGUGUGCAACCUACUGCUCCAGUUGUGCAACCAACUGCAAGUGUGCAACCAAGUGCCCCUGUUGUGCAGCCAUCUGCAAGUGUCCAGCCCACUGCUCCAAUAGUACAGCCAUCGGGAAGUGUGCAACCAACUGCCCCAGUUGUGCAACCAACUGCAAGUGUGCAACCAUCUGUCCCUGUUGUGCAGCCAUCUGUAAGUGUGCAGCCAACUGCCCCUGUUGUGCAGCCAUCUGCAAGUGUGCAACCUACUGCUCCAGUAGUACAACCAACGUCAACUGUGCGACCUACUGCACCUGUGGUGCAACCAUCUGCAACUGCAGGGCAGCAGGGAACAGCAGCACCUUCCCCAGCGCCAUCAGUAGCACCCACAGCACCAGUGGUACAACCAAGUGCAUCAGUGGUACAACCUACAGCACCAGUGGUACAACCAAGUGCAUCAGUAGCCCCCAGUGCUGCAGCAUCUCCUGCAACUGCCAGGCCAACAUCUUCAACUGGUACACUGCCACCAGGAACCGUGGUUGUUGAAGCCGGUACAGUGAAGGUGAACUCUCGCAGCCCCAACACCUUCAGUCCAGCUGAGAAUGUUAACAUGUGGUUUGACUACACGUUUGAAAACAAAG